UGCAUUAGCAGAAGGAAGUAAUGCUUCCUGCAGGAAAGAUGGCAAUAUUGACCUUUUAGAAGCAAGUCAUGGUCUGACUGGAAGAUUAAAACAGAGCCAGCCAAACUGCAGUAAUAACACCAACUGAUUCUGCAGGAGCAUCCUUCAAAGAGGGAUUAUGGCUCAUGGACUGCAGAUAAGAGAUGAGGAAAGUGGCUACAACAAAAAUCUGUUUUGCAUUCCUAAGCAUUAUGAAGAAGAUUUAGAAAGAGUCUUCAUUCCUCAUGGACUCAUCCUGGACAGGACAGAACGUUUGGCUAGAGAUAUCAUGCAAGACAUGGGAAGUCAUCACAUUGUUGCACUCUGUGUCCUUAAAGGAGGCUAUAAAUUCUUUGCUGAUUUGCUGGACCGUAUAAAAGCACUAAAUCAAAAUGGUGAUAAAUCUGUUCCUGUUACCGUGGAUUUUGUCAGAAUAAAAAGCUACUGUAAUGAUUCACCUGCAGAAAAAAUCAGUUUUGUUGGAGAGGAACUGUCUACACUAAAUGGGAAGAAUGUGUUAGUAGUAGAGGACAUUAUUGAGACUGGUAGAACAAUGAAAGCACUGCUUUCAAAAAUAAAAGACAAGAAACCAAGGAUGGUAAAAGUUGUAAGCCUGCUUGUUAAAAGGACAAGUCAGAGUCCAGGCUACAGACCAGACUAUACAGGCUUUGAAAUUCCAGAUAAAUUUGUGGUUGGAUAUGCUCUUGACUAUAAUGAAUACUUCAGAGAUUUAAAUCACAUCUGCAUUCUGAAAGAGAAUGCCAAAGAGAAAUAUAGGAUGUGAUAACUUCAGUCUUCUGGAGCACUGAUUCCUGGCUGCAGAUUAGGUGACAAACAUUACACCAGGAAAUUACUCUUGCUACUUGAGCGUCCCUAAGAAGAAUGAGAAGCUACAUGUCAGUGCCCAGGACCUGCAGCUCGCUGAUUGCCGUUUGUACUGUCGCUGAACACAAACUGCAGAGACCCUGGGCUUUUCCCGUGGUGGAGGAGCAGCCCGGAGCUGGGGCCGAGGCUC